AGUUGAGAAUAAAGGCACCGUUAAAGCAAAAAAAAUACCAGACUUGGUAUCAAAUUAAGUAAUAUAAAAACUUGUAGCUUUUGCAGAAACUAAUUAAAGUGCAAGAUUCUUAAUGUUCAUUCUCUCUCUCUCUCUAUAUAUAUAUGCAUGGAUGGUCCAACUGAUCUUAUCGCCUCUUUUAACACACACACACACAUCUCAAAUGUCUCAGGCUGAUGCCAUCAACAGUAGUGCAGCUGAAGUGCCUGACUGGUCGCAAUCUGUCAUUGAUAUACCUGGCCCUCCGUUAGGUACACCACUACAUGAAGAGUCGGACAAAAUACAACGUAUUUCCCCUACACUUCUCGAGAAUACUAGUGAGGAAGAUCAUGUCAAGUACUACAGGCCACAUGUGGUUUCCAUUGGUCCAAUCCACCACGGAAGACCUUAUGUUAAACCCAUGGAGGAUUUCAAGCGGAAAGCUGUGAGGGAAUUAGCAGAAAGAGUAAAAGAUGAGGUAUCCAUUGGACAAGUGUGUGCAAGUGUGGAAGAAAAGUUGCUCAGUGCUCGGAAUUGUUACUCUUGCGAUAUUAUCGAAUCGUUUCAAGAAGACCGUGAGUGGUGUAAGAUGAUGUUCCUCGAUAGCUGCUUUGUUGUUGCAUUCAUUUACGAUCAAAAUCCACUAGUUACUAUUUUCGGGAGGAGCUUGUUGAAUAUGAAGAACGAUGAUAGCAAUUUGGUGCGUAUUGACCUUUUAUUGUAUGAAAAUCAAUUGCCUUUCGCGGUUCUAGACGCGUUAGCAGACGCAUUUAGAUGUAAAGAGAGUUUGGAUGGAGGUUUAGAGCGGAUGUCACUCGAAAUGCCGUUCAUGUUAACGGCAUCUUCUAUUCCAGGUCCUACAUUUGAUUAUAUCGAGAGUUGUUUAUGCAUUAAAUUUAGGCGGUGGAAGAAAAAAUUCGACCAAUUCCUUGACCGUGAAUAUCAGUGGGAGGAGGCGGCCCGAGCUUCUGGACAUCUUCUUCAAUAUUAUUUAGACCUAUUGAUCUUUUUUUUAGAAAAAAAAAAAGACGGCCACGACGACAAGGAGGACGACGACGAGGACGACGACGAAAGAAAUCUGCUGGACAUCUUUGUUGGAACUGGAGGAGCUCCUCGUCCACCUUCCACAGUCACAGAGUUGAAGAAAGUAGGUAUUAAAUGCAGCGGUACUACUUUCCCAUCAGACAUCUCUUUUUCUUCAAAUAUGUUAUCAGGGAAGUUGUUUCUUCCACAACUAACUUUCGACCGUUGGAGAAAGACCCUGAUUUUAAACCUAGCUGCUUACGAAUUUUCGUGCAGCCCAAAAUAUAGAUCCUCCGGGAUCUCAUCGUACUUGAGUUCAAUGGGUACGUUCAUUCAUGGAGAGGAAGAUGUUAAGGAGCUACGAGCCAGGGGACUGGUCGAGCUCAACCACAGAGAUGACGAUGAUCACGCAGUGGUUGAAUUCUUCAAAUAUAUAACAGCACAUCAUGAGCCCAAUCCUAAAGUUAUUAAGGGCGUCAAACGAAAGAUUUCUACUUACUGCAAAAGCAAAAGGCUCCCUCUAAAAGUUGCCUGUGCUGAAUUUAACCAAAGGUACUUUAGUGGUCCCUGGAAUUUCCUCGUGUUUCUUGCUGUUAUUUUCACAGUCAGUAUGACUAUAAUUCAGACCGUCCUCACAGGCAUUCAGACUUUCAAAAAAGACUGACGACUGUGUAGUAUCCCUGUCAACAUGUCAUUCUGCUUUGUAUUGAGGUCUUGUAUCUUCAUAAGUUGUUGUAUUCCAUUGUGGUUGUAUUUGAAUAAACAAUAAUUAGGCAGGCCUAAUUGUUUUUAAUUGCA